AUGUAUAACGCAAAAAUGAACCCGCAAUGUUCUAAAUGUAAAGCGGCAAUGAGGAAAUAUAACUACUCCGUCAAAGAGAUAGAAAGAAUGAGAAACGACUAUGCAGACUUAAAGAAAGAAGCAGAAAAGCCAGCAGAAAAUAAAAUGGACAUGUUAGAAUUUCUGAACAAAAACUAUCCAACUGCUGACGAUUUCCUUCUAUCUGACGUCAAGAAGAAGUAUAAAGAAACCUUCGGCAUUGUUAAAACAUUCGAUGUACUAAAAGAAGAAAUAGAAGCUACAAAACUGUUUAGGAUUUCAAAUAUACAUCGUACAAUUCAUGUAAAACGCUUGUGA